UAAAUACAAAUCUGUGAGACCCCAACACAAGUUGUGGUGGAGAUCAACCUCUCCACACUCCCACUUACACUGCAAAAAAAAAAUUAAAUAUAGCAUCAAAACAAAAACCAUUUAACACAUUAACGUCAAUCAUCAACUACUAUUAGUCCUUCAAUUCCCUCCAAUCUUCCUCAGAUUCAACGGAGAAACGUCGCCGGAAAAGUUUGAAAAGAAAGAAGAAGGAAAAAUCAUUAAUUUCUCUAUCUUCAUACCCUACAGUUAUUCUGAUUGCAUGCAAUACUAUUACGUUGUUGCACCACAUAUAUAGCAUAUACAAGUGUGUGUGUGUGUGUGUGUGUGUUGGGCACAUUUGAGUUGUUAAUCCAGUUUGGAAUGCUUGCUGUGUCACCUUUGGGGAACACCUGCAGAGAUGAAAAGGAGAGAGAGAUGGAGAGCUUUCAGAUCGGAGGCGAAGACUUCGCGGACUUCUCCGGCGGGAAUUUGCUCGACAGUAUUGAUUUCGAUGACCUCUUCGUCGGGAUGGAGGACGGAGAUGUGUUGCCGGAUUUGGAGAUGGACCCGGAAAUUCUUGCUGAAUUCUCAUUUAGUGGGGGCGAGGAAUCGGAGAUGAACCAGUCUGGUUCGGUGGAAAAAAUGGAUGGUAAUUCCGGGAAGGAGGAGGGAAAGGGAGUUUCUUCGGGAGAAGAAAUUGUGAGCAAGAGAGAGGAAUCUGUGGGGGCAAAUCAGUCAUCGACGAAGGAAGGUGAGAGAAGAAGGAAAUCAUCAUCUGCACAAUCCAAGAAUAAUUCUCAAGGGAAAAGAAAAGUGAAGGUGGAUUGGACACCAGAACUACACAGGAGAUUUGUGCAAGCAGUGGAGCAGCUAGGUGUGGAUAAGGCAGUCCCUUCAAGGAUUUUAGAGCUUAUGGGAAUUGAUUGUCUCACUCGCCACAACAUUGCUAGCCAUCUUCAAAAAUAUCGAUCGCAUAGGAAACAUUUGCUAGCUCGAGAAGCUGAGGCAGCAAGCUGGAGCCAGAGAAGGCAAAUGUAUGGCGGCACCGCCACUGGAGGAAGCAAAAGAGACAUUACCCCUUGGGUUGCACCCACCAUGGGCUUCCCUCCCAUGUCUCCUUUGCACCAUUUUAGACCUUUGCACGUGUGGGGUCAUCCGUCGACAUGGCCAAAACAUCCAUUUCCUUCACCACCACCGCCAUUGGCACCAGCUACACAUCCUCCUGCACCACAACCACCACCAUACCCUUCAUUUUGGCACUCACACCAUCAUGUUUCGAACUCUCUCACUUCAGGAACACCUUGUUUUCCACCACCACUGGCAACAUCAAGAUUUCCUUCUCCACCGGUCCCCGGCAUCCCACCUCAUGCCAUGUACAAAGUAGACCCCGGCAUUGGUGUCCCGACCAGUCCCCACCCUCCCCUCGACUUUCAUCCGUCGAAGGAGAGCAUAGAUGCAGCUAUUGGAGAUGUUAUGUCAAAGCCAUGGCUGCCACUUCCUCUUGGACUAAAACCUCCAUCUAUGGAUGGUGUUUUGGUGGAGCUGCAACGUCAAGGAAUUGCCAAGAUACCACCAGCUUGUGCUUGACCUUAACUUGGAGGGCCGAGCGAAACCCUAAAUUCGACGACAUUUCCUGCAUUAAUUAGAUGUUACUCACAUCUAAUCCGCGAGUUUAAUUAACUUUUUUCCUUUUUCUCGAUCCUUGUUGAUACAUGCAUUGUUCUUGUUUUCAUUUUUGCAAGAACGGUUUGAAUUGUUAGCUUAACCAUGCAUGGGUUGUAAUUUUUGUAAUAUGAUCACAAAUAUUAUAUAUAAUACGAGUCUAAUAUAUAUAACAAUAUGCGGAGUAAUUCUGUAUACUUGUUCAA